AUGCUCAUUCCCAAGGCCGACCGCAAGAAGAUCCACGAGUACCUCUUCCGUGAGGGCGUGCUCGUCGCCGCCAAGGACUUCAACCUCCCCAAGCACCCCGAUAUCGACGUCAAGAACCUGUUCGUCAUCAAGGCUUGCCAGUCCCUCACCUCGCGCGGCUAUGUCAAGACCCAGUUCUCGUGGCAGUACUACUACUACACCCUGACCCCCGAGGGUCUCGACUACCUUCGCGAAUGGCUGCACCUCCCCGCCGAGAUUGUUCCCGCCACGCACAUCAAGCAGCAGCGCUCCCACGCUCCUCCCCGCGGUAUGCUCGGUGAGGGCGAGCGCGAGCGCCGUCCCUUCGGCCGCCGACCUGAGGGUGGCCGCGGCGACCGCGAGGGCGGAUACCGCAGACGUGAGGCCGGUGAGGGCAAGGAGGGUGGCGCCCCUGGUGGCUUCAACCCCGAAUUCCGUGGUGGAUUCGGUCGUGGCCGCGGUGCCGCUCCCCCCUCGUAA